AUGCAUUUUAGGAUGCGCUUUUGGAUUAUUCCCAUUGGAAAAUUAUGCAUAUUGUGUUUCUUGUUUCCUCUGACAUCAGAAUAUUCAGGAAGGGAAUAUUACGAUCCUCGUUUCAUGAUCCAAAACAAUCCGAGAUGGGCGCGAACACCUCAGCAAGGACCACACUAUCCCCAAGGGUACUAUCAAGCUGCUCCACCCAGACCUAUAGCUACACCUUACUAUCCUUACGAACUUAAUCAUCGAAGAAAUAUUGACCGAAAUUACCAAUACGGGAAUAUUGAUAGACAGUAUCAGGGAAACGAUGAUACUGAAUCUGGAAGGCAUUUUAACCCAGAAACUAUUUAUAAAAUAACUGAAACAUUAGGAGCUUUGAAUACCGUUGGAAGGUACUUAGUAAACAUGACUAGAGGGGAAAAUAGUGGUAUUUCUUCUGAUGUACCAAGUGCCCUGUACACACUUAGUAAAAAUGUUUUGGGAAGAAAUGUCACAGAUACCAUAGCUCCAUUUGUUAGGGAAGCAUUGCCGGUUAUUGUUGACAAGGAUGAAGAAAAAAUAACCAAAAAGGAAAAAGAUAAAAUUCACACUAACAAUAGUAAUAAUAAACCAAUUAAAAAAGUUGACAAUAAUAAUGAAAAUGAAGAUCCAAGGAGUUGUAGAACCCCCGAGGGAUCGGAAGGUUAUUGUGACGAUUUGAGUAACUGUCCUCAGCUUUUGUUAAAUCUGGGAAACUUACGUCAGUCACUUUGUUUUAAAAGUCUUUUUGAACCUGGAGUUUGUUGUCCCAAAUCUACAGUUCUUGUUCCAGUAACACAUCAAAGUAUAUCUACCACGGCUCCUAUAAGCACGACAACUACUGUACGACCAAUUACAUUUGCUGCUAUUUAUUAUAAUACAGAAAAACCGCAGCAACUUAAACCUGUAGGUACUUCAAGUAAUGGAAAUAGUACCGGUUUUCCCACCAUCCCAAAUCCUUUACCUCCCGUUAUUAAUAAUUACGUAGACCCAGAAGAUUGUGGUCAACCAGAAUCUGCAAAGUUUCGCGUCGUAGGAGGUGAAGAAGCUCUUCCUGGCAGAUGGCCAUGGAUGGCAGCCAUAUUUCUUCAUGGAUCACGAAGAAGUGAGUUUUGGUGUGGCGGCUCUUUAAUAACUGCUGUUCACGUUUUAACCGCAGCUCACUGUACGAGAGAUUCAAAACAGAGGCCAUUCGCUGCUCGUCAAUUCAGCGUUAGAUUAGGAGACAUAGAUUUGAAGAGGGAUGACGAACCCUCAGCCCCAGUAACGUUCAAAGUUUCGGAAAUCAGAGCUCACAAACAAUUCUCUAGAAUAGGUUUUUAUAAUGACAUAGCCAUUCUAAAAUUAGAUAAACCUGCCCGAAAAUCUAAAUAUGUCAUACCUCUUUGCUUACCUCCUGCCGAAUUAAGGAAUGAAAAAUUUGCUGGCAGAAAAACUACUGUAGUAGGUUGGGGUACAACUUACUAUGGCGGAAAGGAAAGCACUGUACAGAGGCAAGCGUUAUUGCCAGUGUGGAGAAAUGAAGAUUGCAAUGAUGCUUAUUUUCAACCCAUUACUUCAAACUUUAUUUGUGCUGGGUACUCACAAGGAGGAACUGAUGCUUGUCAGGGCGAUUCUGGUGGUCCAUUGAUGAUAUAUUGGAAUACGCGUUGGGUGCAAGUUGGAGUAGUUUCCUUUGGGAACAAAUGCGGCGAACCAGGUUAUCCUGGAGUAUACACACGGGUUACGGAGUAUAUGGACUGGAUAGAUGAAAACACACGAAAAUAGAAAUAUUUACGAACGGCUUUAUUAUUUUAUUUAUGCUCAUGUUACCAGUGAUACAAAUUUCGUGAUUAAAUUAAUUUUUCAUAGUAAAUAUUAUAAAUUAUUAUUUAAGUAAGUCAUUUAUUUGUGAUAUACUUAUGACAUUAAAUACACAUACACA